GCCACACACGGGGAAGCCGCGCUGGCCCGCCCUGCGCCAGUCCAGUCCGAAGCUCGGCCGUCCGUCGCCGAACACCGUGCUCCGGUCCGCCGCCGCCCCGCAUGUCGUCGCUGAGUCCCGGGCCCGUGAGCGUCGCAGCCUGGACGAGCCAUGCUUUCGGCGGGCUGCUGGACCCCGUGCCGCAGCCUCAAGCGUCGGGCCCUCUCCCUCGUCCUGCUCGUGCUCGUCGUGCUCGUGCCGCUGCUCUUCUUCUUCGCCCUCGUGGACCGGGGAGCCCUCUGCUGUCUCCGUGUCUCGGUGCCCAACCCGAGGGCGGAAGCGGCGGCCUGCAGUCCCCGCCGCAGCGUGGGCUUCCUGAAGACCCACAAGUGCGCCAGUUCGUCGGUACAAAACGUGCUGCUGCGCUACGGUGAGCGCCACAACCUCAGCUUCGUGCUUCCGGCCCGCACCAACUACCUGGGACACCCUCGGCGGUUCCAGCACGCCAUGGCCCCCGGGAACGGAACCCGCCGCUUCGACGUGCUCGCCCACCACACCCGCUUCGACGAGGCCGAGGUGCGACGCGUCCUGGUCCCGGACGCAGUCCUGGUGACCAUCGUGCGCGAACCGGCGUCUCUCUUCGAGUCGCUCUACUCUUACUACGACCUGCGCUCAAAGUCCGGCGUGUCCCUGGACGCCAUAUCCGCUGGACAGCCUUCUCCCACUCUGCUUCGACGGCUGUCGCGAGGCUCCAAGGGCAAGCUAGGGCUCAACCAGAUGAGCUUCGACCUCGGCUUGGACCCCGAAUGGUUCGAUAACGUUACGGUCGUGAGGGAAUUUGUGGAAGACUUGGACGGCGCCUUCGACUUGGUCAUGGUGGCCGAGCGGAUGUCCGAAUCCCUGGUGCUCUUGCGGAACCUUCUGUGCUGGGACGUGGACGACGUCGUGGUGUUUCGGCACAACGCCCGCCAGAACGGGUUCCGCAGGCGGCUGGGGCCUCGCCAGAAGGACAACUUGAGGACGUUGAACGCGGCCGACGCGAUCUUAUACGACUACUUCGUGCGGAGGUUGGACCAGCGUGUGGCUGCGUUCGGGAGAGAGCGCAUGGCGCAGGAACUGCGGCUUCUGGCCCAGCGUACGCGGUUCUGGUACUCCAGGUGCGUGAGGGACGUGCGGCCCGUGCGUCAGGAGCCCAAGCAUCGAUUCUGGGUCAGCCACAAGGUGCUGGGCUUCCGAGCAAAACAGGGCAGCUCGUACGAGUGCAUUGGACUCGUGACUCCCGAGUUAGCCUUCACCGAGCAUCUGCGCCAGAAGCAGCAAUUUCUGGACGAACCCGUAGUCAACGGAUCAUCCACCGCAGCGGGUCCAGAGUCACGAUGAGCCACGUGACAUGGCACCGUGAAGGCCCCACUUCACCCUAGCACGCUUCACAGUGUAUAGGCUGCAAAACCUGCCGGGCUAGUCAGGGCAAUCAAUCAACUGGCUAGAGUUUUCGCCGCGUCACUCCGCUCCACCAACGCCACUUAGAAUAACCAAAGCAGGCGCUCUAAAAUUUUGACGUCAUUACAGUGAGAUGGAGGGCAGACACAGAUUGGGCUAUAGAAGGGCGCUCAGUGUUGGAUUCCAGCCCAAUUACUGAUUUCGCGCCAUCCUAGGCCAAUCAAUGCGUCGCAGGACACUCAGCGUCAGCCUUGGGCCCAAUGGCUGAGUUGGCGUCACUGUAGUGCGAUCACGUUACGAAGAGGUUCGCAGGCUAUGAUUAUUCUAGUCGGUGUUGACUCAAUCCAGGGAUGAAAAGUGAGCCAUGACAAAAGUCUUCCGGGUUUGUCUGAGUGCGCGUGUUUCGGGUGCGGUCCAUCCCGUGGUAACGUGGUGCAUUUUCGAAUGGUUGUAGUACAACAGUACUGCUGCAGAAGACGUCACUAGAUGUUAUAUUUGUAGUCAUUCGUCGGACAACCAAUCGCCUGUCCCGUGCUGUCCCAGUUCACGCGAUACCGCCUUCAUGAGAUCCCUUUUGCCACUGAGGGGACAAGCGAACGCUUCCUAGAUAGCAAGGCCUUGGGACUGACUUUCUACGUCGCAUAAAGAGGCCAACGAGGGGCACGGAUGGGACAUGAACGCAGGCGAGAGCGCUCGGCUGGACUCGUGUUCUUUUUGAUUGAACACGAGUCUCGGCCGAAUGCUGACGCAGCGCUCGUGUCCAGUUUAUGUUGGCCUCUUUAGGUCACGGCAGAGACUCAGCACUGCGGCCUUGUCUUUGGACUUGUGGGACAAACGCGUUGAAAGAGCUUUCGUACGCGGCGUGCCCGAUACCUUUGACGUCAAGGGCCUCUUAAUCUCCUAUGAAGUUCUUACGUUCUUACAUUUAUGAUUAUGGGGCCUAGCCAUUUCUCGUGACAAGCUAAUCGCUCGGACAUGUCCUUUCUCUAAAGAAAAGCGAUUGGAAGCUUGUGAUACGCAAACGGAGUCGGCAGACAAAAAGUUGGACCCAAGAGCAAGAUGGGACAUACAGUCAGCAUAGCCGAGUUGAGAUGCAUUUUUUUAUGCGUUAGUGCGACGCACUAAAAGCAUUAAGUUCCCAAGUUUGUGUUGGCUGUAGUCUGAACUUCUAGACAAGCUCUUGCUAAGGUUAGCGUUUGUUCACAAAGUUAUUCUAAACUGCUUCGGUGAUUCCGAAGCAAAAUGCCAGUCCUGGGUGGCAGGCUCAAAUCCCAUGUGGGGUGACUGCAAUAUUCCCUGGCUGCGGUGCAGGUGUUGUGUAACAAAGACUUCGUUUGUGUGCCAAGGAUCCCCAUGUGGUUCAAAUUAAUCACCAGUCCUUCGCUGUUGCGUGCCAGGUGCCCUGAGUUGGUUUGGCGCGUAAGGCUCAACAUUUAAAAUUAACUCAGGAAACCAUAGUGCGUUCAAUUUUACAAGUUGGGGCAAACUCUCUUGAAUUUGAAAGGCUGCCAUAAGUGCUUAGUUACAAAAGAAAAUUCACAGGCUCGCACUCGCACCUUUUGCUCCCUUAUGCACAGGUGAGAACAAAGUACAUAACAAGUCGAUUCGGGACUCUUUCACACAAACAAAAGGAGCAAAAAGUUUAAAAGAAAUGCUUAAAGUUUUUAUGGUUCAUGGCAGGGCCGAAGCGGAAGCUCGUCGCGUUGCUUGUCUAGGUUAUAUACAAAGCACUGACGCACAGCUAUGCUAAUAAGUGCUUACAUCUCAUUUGGCAGCUAGUCUGCCUGCCUUCCGCAUAUAUUUUUUUUUCUUUUUUAGAUUUUUUUUACUGAAGUAUUUUCAUACGCUUUGAUAGUCUGCCAGGCGAUCGCUCGUUUUCAGCGCUGCGAUCCCCGGUCAGCCAGCCAGAUGGCUAAUUAAAGCUGCUCGGUCAUUUACGGAGCAUCGCGUUCUAUUUAUUCUCGCCUCUAUCCCCGGACAUUAAACAACCUCCGCCGUGUCCGACUACAGUGCUUUUGCCUCGCGGCGCUUCACAUUCAGCGGGGAAAGCUCCAUUUUACCUUUUUACGCCAAUUCGCCCGCGAACAAUUCGUCGUUGCGUCGGCUUCGUCGCGUAUUCUUUAUAGGCACUCACACUUCGCCGUAGAUUACACGAUAUACUUUCAGACAGUCGUUGCGUCAGCCGAUCCCUGGGUGAAAUCAACACUACCUAGACAGAAGGUCCCCGCAAGCACGCGUCGUCACAGUCAGGUCAACCGAGGCGUGAGGUUGGGCGCGAGUGCUGUGUCAGUGUUCGGCUCGGGCUCUUGUCCGAUCAGCGCGUCGAAGGUCGGGCUCCGGCCCAGUAGCCGAGUUAGCCAAUCCGACUCUAAUGGCGUUUCAUGGAGAGAAAGGAGGCCAUGCGGAGAGCUGCUCAUGCAGAGAGCUUAUGUUGGGUAAACCCGACCUGUGGUGACAUUAUGUCACUCAGCAAUGAACAAUGAACAGUCGCAAAAGUUAUCGUUAUUUGAAAGUCUUUUUUUUUUUUUGUCGUUCAAUUGAUUUACCGCAGCCGACAUUAUACGACUCGACAGAGCCAGUCAGGCAGCGCCAAAAGUGCUUCGUCACGUCGCUCAUCAUCUUUGUGCGUUUUGUAUGGCUAUACAAAAGGUAUAGUCAUUAACAUCCAUGGAUGUUAAUGGCUAUACCAUUUGUAACGGGCGGUGGCUUGCGCGAGCUAUACUUCGUUUCAGCUUCGGUCCGAGCGCGGCCGAUGUUAUGAGCCGAAGGGCCGAUCAAACUGCGAACGAGGCACAACGUCAUGGCGUGCUCUCUGCAGUUGAUAGGACCAGCCGGUAUUCGCCGUCUCUCUGUGCGUGCUCCUCCGGCGGCUAGUCUUAUCAAGCGCAGAGAGCACGCCAUGACGCUGCACUUUUUGUGGUGUUUGAUUGGUUCUUAGGCUCAUAACAUCGGCCGCGCUCGGACCGAAGCUGAAACGAAGUAUAGUCGCGUUCCUGCGCUUUUUUUUUUUUUUUUCUUUCUGCGCGUGAUUGGUUUAGCGGGCGGUGGCAAACCCACGAAGACAACGAGCGCCAUGACGAUGCACUUUUGGCGACGCUUGAUUGGCUCAGUCGGACCACAGCGUUGACUGCGGUCGGACUUAAAGUGAAACGAAGUAUACACCAACACAGUGUUUACAAACCAGCCCGGUUUGUCCGCUGAAACCAAAUACGCGAAGAGUGAAGCGUCUGCUCAUGCGCAGUAUCAUAGCCUCCUCUAUACUGACAAAGCCUGGCAGAUCACCACGGGAAGCGAUCACCGAAAUCGAAAGGUGGAGCGGCAGACAACGGAUGAGAAGAGAGCCACGUGACUGGCGCCCCGUUGCGAUGAAACGCCGAAACACACUUCUCCCGAGCGAACAAGUGGGUUUCGGGUCCUCGCAGCUGGAAAAGCUGUGCUCUGACGUCCAGGUUCCCAGAGAAAUGACUCCUUGAUGCUCUCUGCUACCAGAUCCUCGCGCUCCACAUCUGCGACGGGGCAGUCUAUGGAUCCGUCGUCGAACUGCCAGGCUUUGUGAGUAUAGAGGAGGCUAUAGCAGUACCGGCAGCAGCGCCACCGCAGUCGCGUAACGUCAGUGAGUUGAGUUGGUCUAUAACGUACUAUUAUCGACGACAGGACAAAUAUUUCCUGCUCUUUUUUUUUUUUAAUGAAAUUUCUUGAACAGUUUGCCUCGAAUCGCUUGAACCUGCCAAUGAGACUAGUCAAAUUAGCCAUGCAUUUCGUCCCGGGUCCUUCCCAGCAUGGGGAAGUUCACUCGAGCCCGAGCGUGCACAGGAACGCUGCUCUUCUUAUGGUCCACUGGUUGGGAAAGGCGGACCGAACGCUCGGGACAUCCGAUCCGAGGUGUCAGGACAAUCUACUCUACUACUACUGUAUACGAUCUGCUCGCUCAGUCGUUCUCUAGCCGAAUUCUGGUCAGGCACUCCUCGCUCGCCAGCCCCGUUGCUUGCGUGCUUGUUUUAGAAAAAGCAAGCUCGGCGUUUAUCGCUAAAUGUGUCUUCCGCAGGUCAGUCCGCUUCGUUGCACUUUUUUUUAUUUUUAUUAUGGUCUGACUCCGGUGUGUUAUCCUUCGCAAAGAGGUCUAUUUGUAGGGAGACCACGAUCCUGUUUCGGUUCGCUGAACCGCGACGUCGAGUGGUCCGUGACUCGAGCAGCCUGCCUCGCACGCAUCUCGCAUUCGACUCUCUCACGCGAUGAGCAGUGACUAUAUGUAUACCGGGUGUGGAGUAAGAAAAACCCCCCAAAAAACGGGUUUUCGUCACCGCAAAAAUAAACUACGCGUCGCCGAGCGCUCAGUGUCGGUUCAAAUGAAGCUUCUAGCGGUCGGGAUCCCACAUGGCAAACUUUCAGAACUUAUCUGGUUCAAAAGUUAUGGGCCAUCUUUUGGAAAUUUUCAGUAAGAAAACGAAACCCGUUCCCGGUGGCGGACACCAUUCACCUCCAUGUGCUGGCGUACUUCGUUGGCUGGCAUUUUCUCGUUGAAAUUGUUUGAAAAUUGUUUUGAACUUUUGAAUCGUAUGACGGUAAGCUCUGGAUCUCUGUCAUUUUUUCCCAAUUGCUAGAAGCGAUAUUUAGGCGGAGACAAACUGUUCGGCAGUGCGUGGAUUACUUUUUGCGGUUAGAAAAACACUGUCCUUUUUUUGCCAAACACAAUAUACAAAAGUUAUCCUGCCGAAAGCAACCGGAAAGUGUAAGAGAUGAUGAUGUCACGUAUCAAGUUUCACCCGUCCAGUACAAUGGCCGCCAACAGCUGUAGCAGUAUCCACGAGCCAACUGUCACUGGAGUGUCGCUGGAAUUUAGCAAGCACGAAGACACAUGUAGGAUAACUUGAAGGAGUUAUAGAAACCAAAAGGACUCAGCUCUCCGUCUGUGUGUGCACGUGUGAGCGCAAAACCCAUCCUUUUCACGACAUCCGCGUUCUUCGUGAGCACGCGCCUAUAUAUCCAGUACACAAGGCGCUGCCGCCGUAGAGAUUCUUCAUUAGAAUGUCGUCCAAUGCACAGUAAGGAAACUAGUGUUAAGAAACCUCCGGGUGCUCACAGAACGUAGCUAGCAUAUCACUUUUUUAGUCGCACGAUAGUACAUCCUUUUGGUAUGCGCUAGAGUUGGUAUAGUCACAGAAAUGGUAAUAACGGCAGGGAGAUCUUUCAGUUGUCCCGCCUCCAGCGCGAUCUUCCUUCGAUAACACUUCGGCGUUUUGUGAACCUCGAGCGUGCAGGCGCAGCCAAAGCACGGUGGAAGGCAAGGAGCGCAAGCUGGAGGCCGGGCAUUCAAAUAAGACGGCCUCGCGUUCUCACCUUGUCAGUAGCUUACAAGACCAUAUUUGAAAGUACGACGUAGCUCACACAGGUGUAGCGCCUAGCCGGCGUCACUGCGCCCUUCGCGGUUGCAUCCUCCUAGAACUCUUUUUGAGUAUAGUAGGUGACUUUCUUUGGCAGUCUCCGAAACACACAACACUGCCGUGCCAAAAGGGCAACAUUGGAAGCAUUUAUUUGUCAGAUUCAGAGGGGAAGCGAAUUGGCUUAGAAGGGUCAUACUUUUGUUUCUUAGUUUUUAUUCUAUAGAUGGCGCAAGCUAUCGGCUGUUAUAAAAUUACUGCAACCGUUAGCAUCCAUCUAUCAGAAGAAGGCACAAGGCGGCAUAUGCGUGCCUCUUGUUAAUGACGCAUAUAAGGUUUAGUUCUCCGCUGCCGGCGUUAAAUGGUAUUUUUUGUUGCAAAUUCGAUUCUGCGGAGCAGGCGAAUUACAAAGCGAAAAAUUCUGACGGCUGUAAAACCUUACACUUGUAAUGCAAUUCUUGCUGAAUGAUCAAACUGUGUAUUAAGACGUUCACUCGUACAGUCGGCGCUGGAAAUAUCGCUGAUCUUAGCGCUGAUACAGUGCUGACUUUGCGCUUUUAUCAGUGCACAUCACUGACAUGGCUUUACAUGACUGCUAGUUAUGUUCAAGACAGCGCUGCUUCGUUCUAGACAGCGUUGCAGUUAUGCUCAAGACAGCGCUGCAAUGUUGUAGACAGCGCUGCUGCAUCGGCGCUGUCUUGGUAUAGUGUUGAUUUACCGGUGAGAUAGCGCUGCGUUGUAUGUGUGAACUAAAGUGUGAACCAUGCCUCAAAAGUCUACGAUAUGUUUUUGCUGCGUGAGCUUCAUCUGUUCAGAAAGCUCAGCAGACCAUGCAGCCACGACUCCUCUGCUGGGAGCAUGCCAGAAAGGAAAGACCGGAAGCCUAUGUGUGCCUCUGGAGGUUUUCCUCGUUUGCUUUUGGCGGUUAGCUUUAUUCCUCCCGUUUGUCUGUCUUACUAAUUGCACGAGGCAGAUCCCCGCCGCCACUCUUGAUUGCUGCUCCGAAGCGACCCUUUCAUUUCCCAAGAGUUCUCUGGCCGGUGUUGGCGUCAAGCGAUGUAAUUGAUGACAACGUACGCGACCUUCGCGCAGUUGUGUUAUUAUUAUGUUUUUUUCGCUGCUUGCUAAUUAUGCAGUGCUAGUAUCUAGGUAGCUGCUUGAACAACGCCGGGCCAUGCUCGUUGUGGCUUUAAAGGAAGAUUGUACCAUGUCCCAUGAUGGCGUGCGGAUCUUUGACAACUGUAAGGUGAAAAUUUCUCGCGCAAAUGAUUCGUGGUGACAAGACGAGGGUUGACCGGAAACUGCUUUCAUAGUAAUACGUCAGCAAUAUCAAUGCCCGCGUCGAUAUUGCGUGCAAGGACCGUAACAGAAUUUAUAACUUCGCUCGCACCCUGCAACGCACAACCCGCGGUAGAAAAUGGUCCGCAUUCCCCCUCGACAAUUGGGCUUUCUUGAAAAACGGACAUAGAGCCACAUCUGACGUGCGGCUCCAGAAUAUUGUUUUUAAAUGUAAAUGUCCAGGGGAUUUUUUUUCAUAUCUGCUCUAGAAAUUAUGGCGGAGAAAAGGAUUAAAAAAAACUGACAGCUUUAGUUAUUUUAGUUGACAUAAUUAUAUCAUGCUUUUAAUGCCGCUUAUCUGGGACGACGUCACAGUAAUUGUUUAAGUGCUGUGGUUGUGACAGCUGUUUCUAGCCACGAUUUUUUUGUGAUCAAAUUUAAAUUUAUACACAAAAUGUGGUUAUUUUUAGUUCUUGUUGGAGAAAUAGGGCGUAUUUAUGGGUGCACAACAGUAAUUCAAUAGGCAAUGCAAAAAAUAUAGGUAAGUAUAUAUUUCGCACUGAUAGAAAGUGCUGGCGAGACUUAAUUGUUAUUUAAAGAACGGAAUAAACGGCCCUCUUGAAGGUUUGGGUAGCAUGUUUGCGGGGAGUCGUUAGCAAAAUAAUUUCCGUUUGUACAGAUAUCUGUCCAUCAAUGGCAAAUUAAAAGACAAGUUUUUUUUUUUUUCAUUUAUGCGACUCUGAAAACAACUUGAAAAGAAAAACUAAGACAGCACUUUGGACUUUAUAAAGCAUUUGUCAGUGUUUCAGUGCUCAUAACUGAAUAGGGGGCGCUGUAGCACGUCGAAGUGGCAACACAUGUCGAAUCAUUUUAUUUGUCCAUUUUUGUCAGGUACUCCGGGCAAUAAUGAAAGAAUGUACAAACUGAUGGGGGAAUUUCAAGUGUAAAGAGUAUGAUAAGAACAAAUUUCCUUUUAUACGAAACGUUGUUUUCGAAGGUAAUAAAGUUUGGCAUGCAAACAUC